AUGACUCCAACGUCUGAGAAGAAUAAAGUUACUUGUAGCUAUAUCCACGAUGACAUUGCUUUAUCUAUUCUCUCUAAACUCCCUAUUAAAUCUCUCAAGCGAUUUACUUGUGUUUCCAAAUCAUGGUCUCUUUUAUUUCAAAACCCUAAUUUCAUCAACUUGUUCCGCAACAAUCUUGUUUCCAAAUCUCAUGAUGAUGAUGAUGAUGAUGUGUGUUUCCUCUUCGUCUCGUACGCGUUUGUGAGUAUGUUUUAUUUGAUUUCUGGUGAGAGGUUUCAGAAUGUGGUAAACCUGGAUCUGCCGCCACCAUUUGAGAAUCCAUUUCGUAGGCCUUUUCAUAUUUUUUGUUCUGCUAUUAAUGGCAUUGUUUGUGUUUAUAGCUCUUGGGAUCAUAGUGAGGUAGCACUUUGGAACCCAGUUACUGGGGAAGUUAAGGUCAUCCCUCCUGGUCUUGUAGAGCAUCUACCUAAUAUCCAUGUUUUUGGUACCUUGUGUCUUCAUGGAUUUGGUUAUGACCAUGUCAGAGAUGACUACAAGGUUAUUCGGCAUGUUCAAUAUCGUUAUAUAUCAACUCAUUAUUCUUGA